CCUCCCGCCCCCCGUGCGCCCCCGAGGGGCCCGCCUGCCUCGCAGCCAAUGGCACGGAGCGAGGCGGCUGCAUGUGGCGGCGCUGACCCAGGAGCGGAGCCGCCCGCGCUCCCUCGCUCACUCCGCUCUCCCCGGCUCCGGGCUGCUCUUCUCCGCGCGGCGGCGGCGGCGGCGGCGGGCCCAGGGCUGCACGCGGCGCCCCUCGGAGCUGCGGCGCGCGGCUGCACCAUGGACUCGGACUCGGCGGAGCUGAGCGAAGGGGAGCUGCUCGCGCCUGCAGGUCUCGAUUGUUUCAGUUCAAAGAACCUUGCACUGCAAGCACAGAAAAAGCUCCUAAGUAAAAUGGCUACCAAAACUAUGGCUAACAUGCUCAUCGACGACACAAGCAGCGAAAUAUUUGAUGAGUUAUAUAAAGUAACUAGAGAACAUACAAGGAACAAGAAGGAAGCUCACAAAAUUAUGAAGGACUUGAUUAAAGUGGCAAUAAAAAUUGGGAUCCUCUACCGAAACAAUCAAUUCAACCAAGAAGAGCUGGAAAUCGUAGACAAAUUCAGAAAGAAGCUGAAUCAGACAGCCAUGACAAUUGUCAGUUUUUACGAGGUAGAAUACACCUUUGAUAGAAAUGUUCUUUCAGAACUUCUGAAUGAAUGUAAAGACCUGGUGCAUGAACUGGUAGAGCGACAUCUGACGCCCAGGUCCCACGGGCGUAUCAACCAUGUCUUCAAUCACUUUGCAGAUGUGGAAUUCCUCACUGCCCUAUAUAGCCUUGAUGGGGAUUGCCGACCAUACCUCAAAAAGAUCUGCGAUGGAAUCAACAAACUACUUGAUGAGAAAGUCCUUUGAAACUUUGCCUUUUACAAAACAAAAACUCAUUCCUAGAGCUGCAGCAAACUGGCCAUACUUCGUGAGUUGUGGCAAAGCUUGUGAGCUUCCUUCCUACCAUCCUCCUAUUACAUGGACUUAAUCAGAAACCAGCAUGUGCUCACUUGGCUUAUUAUGAAGAAAAAACAAAACAAAACCAGAAAGCUACAAAUUGUAAUUCGCAGUUCACAGGGAUUUCAGCCUUUUCAAAGGAGGGGAGUCAAUGGGGCUGCUGAUGCUUAUUAUUCAGAACAAGAUCACAGCACAUCCUAACCUCAGUAUCUGUGUUGGGGUCUUGUUGUGUGAAAAUGAACCUAAACUCAAGACACAUGGCAGCAUCAAAGAUAGAAGGGAAAAGGCAGAAAGGGUGUUGCAUGGAAUUGACCCCCAAACUGUUCUUGUAUAUGUUUUUAUUAUUCCUAAAAAAGAUCUCCAAGGCUUAGGGAUGGAAAAUGCGAUUCUGAUGGGCACAAGUUCUCUCCUUUCAAUAGUGUCAGGAACCGAUACGAGAGCACACCUCCAAUUUUGCAGGUGAUUAAGACCAUACUGGAGAGCAGAAAUUUAGAAAAGGGGGAGAAGUGAAACGAGUAGAGAAGCUUCUUUAAGAAGCAUGUUCCCACUGGAGAUUUUUGCUUUGCAUCUGAGACUAUAAGUGAGAAACUUUUAUUUUGAUUCUGAAAAACAGCUCAGUGACUCUAAAGUCAAACAUAAUGAAGAAACUAAAUAAUGAAGUACAACAUUGGCUUCAGUAAUAACAUGGGUCCCACACCAUGACAUCAAAUAGGCUUAGAUUAGAGGGCCAUGCUACUUCCUCUGCAAUUACUGUUUUCAGUGCCAGAGCAUAGAUUUCCUGCUGAAGAACACUAUGAUACAAGAGCUGAAUAUCAGAAAGGAAUAGCGAUAUUAUUGGAUCAAUGAAGCCAUCAUCUGUCUCUUCCUUCUUCACUGAAACACCAUUUCCAUCUGAAAAUAGCAAAAGCCCUCAAAAGACAAUAUUCAAUGUUUGGAACAACUUUUCAGCCUUGGCUUAGCGUAUGUCCAUCGUAAUUAACUGUGUUUACAGUCAAAUAGUGAAGUGUGGCAAACAGGGGGGACCAAGCUGGUAUUUUCACAGUGCCAUCUAAGUAUAGAACAUCCACAGCUCUAUAACUAGGGCUUGUUAACAUGGGAAAGUUAUGAGCAACACCAAGGACCUAUUGCAUCUUAAGCUGAUACACAUUAAAAAAAAAACAAAAAAAACACCCGAACAAACAUACCAACACCUAUUACAGAACAAGGAUGAACUAAAGAACUUGCAGAAAAAUUACAGUGGUUGCAACAGCACAACUGUCCUGGCAAAUAUCCAAAUUUUAUAAUCCCCAGUCCAGAGGAUCACAAAAGAAAACAGCACGGUCUAGUGCUUAAAACUACCAACUCAAGCUCUGCCACUGAUGUCUAAUCUUUGACAUGUCACUUAGCUUCUCUGUAUCACAACCCGUAAAAUUUCCCCUUUAUAAAUUGCUCUGAAA